AUUUUAUUAAAAGCAACAGAUGUACGAAUACAAGCACGCUACAGUUAUGAUUCAUAAGCAUGUGCUAUAUCGGACGUGUGGCAUGAGGGAACAACCGGGAUAAAAUACAUUCAAAUAAUGUAACGAGAACACAACUCAGCCAAUUAAAAGAUACGGUCUUUGAAACUUAACGAUAAUCAGCAAGUUCCUGUAACGUAGAAUCGUUGUGAGUAGCAAGUUUUCUUUACGUGUUGUUUGAAGGUUCAGCCUACCUAUGGCGUAGAAACGAAUUGUUUCUCAUUAUAGCAUCCGAUAUUUACUUACUUAUUUACUGCAAUGGCAACUAAGAAUGACAGUGACCGUCAAGGAACGUAUUCAGCAAAUAAAAGCUUUAACUUUGAUGCUCUGGACAAGCUUGGAUAUGCAAAGAGUCUUUCUGAAAAAAGAUUUCAUAUGUAUAAAAUGAUUUCCAAUAGUGGUACAGAGCUAAUAAGGCGUAGAACAAAUGAAGAUGUAAAGGUAACUGUUGCCGGAAGCCGCGGGGAAGGUAUGUGUGUUUCAUGUGACAGUGAUGCGGACGUUCUGUUUAUCCAGAGGAAUGUUAAGUGUACAGAUACUUUCAUUUCGGACAAAACGAUAGCUGUGUUAUUUCAUCUUGAUUUUGAGAAUGUUCCAAUUGGAUAUUCAAAACUGCAAUUAAUGUCGUCUGAUAACUGCCAAUUUGAGCUUAGAAACAACGUUGAAUUCUUAACCAAUCUUAAGGAUGCUCUUGUUGAAAGAAAUGGUGAGAAAUACCUCAGAAAUGACAUGCCAACAACCCUUGUCUUUCGGAAUGAUCGAAUUGGCUGGAUUAAGCAACAAUCUGUUUUUGACGACAUUACCGGACCUGCAAGGACGUUAAGAGUUGAAAUGCCAAUGCUACCCGACCUUCAUGUAUCCCUCGACUGCGUUCUUACAUUUAAAUGUGAAUACCCAUCAGUGGUAGAAGACUGGUGUAAACGAGAAAGAAAAUAUAGCUGGCCAAACAAAGACCUGGUCGAGAGGGUGAAGACAACAGACGUUUUAGUUGUACCUGCAGGAUGCAAGGGAAGUCCGGACGAAGAACUUCAAUGGAGAAUUUCUUUGACAUUAGCAGAGCAGGAGCUUGUACACUCAUUCAAUGACAUCCAGAUCAAACUAUAUGCUGCUUUGAAAAUGCUAGCAAAACAUGAAUUGAAGCCGAUAUGUGAAAACAUCACUUCGUAUAUAUUGAAGAAUUUACUGUUCUGGACGUUUGAAAAUACCGACAUUAAUAACAUAACAAAAUACACCUUCGACGAAACCUUGAUACGAAUACUUAAACAGCUGAAGAUGUGUAUAACCUGGAAAUAUUUACAAAGCUACAUGAUUCCUUCCAAGAAUAUGCUACAAUAUAAAAUAUUUGAAAUUGAAAAGAGGAAGUUGAUUCAACGACUCAACGAAAUUAUUUAUGAAAAUCGCAGUGUAUUAAUAACAUGUCCCGUGAUAAAACAAUUAUCACAUUUAUCAAGCGAUGAGCUUGAACAAAUGAUUGCCUUUAGAGAGUUAUUGGAACAGGAAUUCACUGCAGUAUUCUGGGUCAGUGUAAACUAUCCUGAAUUAACAGACAAGAUAUGGAAUAACACCGAGGAACCAAUAGAUGUUUUAAACAUAAUUGUAGACAAAGUUCCACGCCUAAUUCGAAGACACAAUCAAAAGGAACUUUUCGACCGCUUAAAUUCAAUUUCCAAAGAGGCAUUAUACUUCUGUUUUGUUAAUGGAAUUAAACGUGGCUACCAUAAGUCAUAAUAUUUGUAAUCAUUAUGAUUGCAUCCACAAUCACUCGAUGUACAUGCACCAAGGAGAUCUUGCAAUCACAAUGCCAAAAUCAGGCCUAUUUUAGUUGGUCAAACUUGUACUGAUGACAACUGUUGUUUAUCAUUACUUACAUAUGCAGAAAUAUAUUCAGUUUAUUGUGCACUAGAUACCAGAGCGUUUCCUGUUUUAAUUCCCAUAUUUUGACAAACGCACUGGUGUAUCUUGUUUACUACCUUUGGAUUCACAUGAAGCAGCAAAAUUUAGGCUUUCCGUUUGCUACUGAUUGAAAGUAAAGUUUGAAUAAAAAUCAGGCUUGGCCUUGUCUAAGUACUUUUCAUUCCAGAUGUGAUUGUUAGGCGGAUCAGUAUAUCUAUUCGCCCUUCAACAACGUUUCCUAAAAAAGAUAGUUUUGCUAAAUAAGCUUACUAUGGUUGGAAUAAUGGGAUACACGGAUGUUAAGGAAAAUUAUCUUAAUCAAAUCAAAGGCCCAGUUUAAAGUAUACAAUAUACUGUAAUAUGUCUCCUUUUUCCUUGUCUUAACUAUGUUCAUAACAAUCUCAUAGGAACAGAUCUUUCAGUCCAGUAGCAUAAAAACGGGCCUCUGGUGAGCUUUUAGAAAGCCUACCCUGUAUACUCUAUACUUACUUUACAUAAUUGCGCUGUAUUCACAGACUGGCAAGAAUACUGGAGAUCGGAAUGGACUCCAUAAACAUCACAACAAAAGAAUAGAUUGUUUGUCAAGAGAAGACAGACUUUAAUACUUA